GGGCAAAUGCUAUUUCAGAUUUUCCUUCGGGUCAGAGGGCCUUCACUGCUAUUUUUGCCAGAUAUUUUGCUUUUGCAAUAGCUCCUCCCCUUUGGACUGGGUUAGAGAACCCGGAUGUGGGGUGCAGGGCGGCCUGGCUCUGUGGUGCUGCAGUGGCCUUCACCCCAGCUUCUGUGCCUUCUUUCCUGGAAGUUGAGGAGAUUGCAUUGCCUUUUGGAAUGGACUUUUCUUCUUUGAGGCUGUGCUUGUUACCUUACUGACCUGCUAAUAAUAUGUGACCUUUUGUGUCUGGCUUCUUUCAUUGAGCAUAAUAUGUUCAGGGUUCAUCCAACUUGUAGAAUAUAUCAGCGCUUCCUUCCUAUGGCCGAAUAAUAUUCCCCUGUAUGGAUACAGCACAUUUUGUUUAUCUGUUCAUCCAUUGAUGGACAUUUGGGUUCUUAAUGUCCAUCCUCUUCAGGCGACUGUAUCCAUUCCUCUGCCUCGGCAGCCCCCAAUUAAUAAACCUCUGGGCAUAAGACAUUAUCUUCUCACUCCAUUUGCAGAGAGAGGGCGAUGCAAGGAUGGGUCUCUGAAAUCAGUUGGGGACCAGCUUCCUGGAGGAAGGUUUUCAGGACUCCCUUAAUUUCACUGCCACCCGCUCCUCCGCAGGACUCCUAGCUCCCUUCUAAGCCCAUUGCCUCCCCGGUCAAGUCACAGGUGUUAGAAGUGUGAUUGUCAGGGAGAGUCUGGAUUUCAUUCAGCUCCAUUCUUUUCAGUGAUGACAAUUCGUUAAAUGUAGGUCCCCGUGUGAUUUUCUUGGUAUAUAUUUUGUGAAACUUCUGCCGGGUAAGUAAAUCCACAAAGUAGAGAAAGCCUCACCAGACAAAUCGAGCCGUAACUCGGUGGCCGGGCCUGGAGUCGGCUCAGUCUCUCCUGAUAGCUUUGCCAGGAAUGCCCACCACGGACCGACCGGAAAUGGAGCAGCGUGAAAACAGAGCUGGGAGGGAGCCCAGAAAAGAUGGGGCAUCAGCCCCUCUCAGUUGACCUGGGGAAGGUGGAGCGCAGAGAGGAAGGGAAAUCACGAUCUUUUCAUUUGUUGACUAGGAGCCGAGCUGUGGGCUGGGCACUUUCAUAUAGAGGAUGGAUGCUACAGCUGCCUGCUAGGCUGGAAGGAGGCCCAGGAGGUGAUGGAAACAGGGCAGAGCAGGGCGCUGCGCUGUACUUAGCAAUGGCUCUGGAACCUUCAUGGUCUUUCAUGGAACCCACACUUUUUGGGGGGGCUGGUGACAAGGAACGCUGGAACUUGGUCCCUGUCCCCAAGAAGCUCCCAGGUGGCGCGGCUGCCGGAUGGGAGUGCCCCGGUGUGUCCGCGCUGGGUGAGGCCGGCGCAUGCACCAUGUCAUCAUGCGUCUCUAGCCAGCCUAGCAGUGACCGGGCCGCCCCCCAGGAUGAGCUGGGGGGCGGGGGCAGCAGCAGCGAAGGCCAGAAGCCCUGUGAGGCCCUGCGGGGCCUCUCGACCCUGAGCAUCCGCCUGGGCAUGGAGUCCUUCAUCGUGGUCACCGAGUGUGAGCCGGGCUGUGCCGUAGACCGUGGCCUGGCCCGGGCCCGGGCCCUGGAGGCCGAUGGCCAAGAGGUCCCCCUCGACGCCUCCGGGUCCCAGGCCCGGCCCCACCUCUCGGGUCGCAAGCUCUCCCUGCAGGAGCGGUCCCAGUUGGACGCGAAUGGACGCUGCGCGCACCCCGCCCUGCCCUCCUCGCCGGUCGGCUCCCCGCAGUCGUCGCCGCGGCUGCCCCGGCGGCCCACGGUGGAGUCCCACCACGUCUCCAUCACCGGCAUGCAGGAUUGUGUACAGCUGAAUCAGUACACACUGAAGGAUGAAAUUGGAAAGGGCUCCUAUGGCGUGGUCAAGUUGGCCUACAAUGAAAAUGACAAUACCUACUAUGCGAUGAAGGUGCUGUCCAAAAAGAAGCUGAUACGACAGGCGGGCUUUCCACGUCGCCCCCCACCCCGAGGCACCCGGCCAGCCCCGGGGGGCUGCAUCCAGCCCAGGGGCCCCAUUGAGCAGGUGUACCAGGAAAUCGCCAUCCUCAAGAAGCUGGACCACCCCAACGUGGUGAAGCUGGUGGAGGUCCUGGAUGACCCCAAUGAGGACCAUCUGUACAUGGUGUUUGAACUGGUCAACCAAGGGCCUGUGAUGGAAGUGCCCACCCUCAAACCGCUCUCUGAAGAUCAGGCCCGUUUCUACUUCCAGGAUCUGAUCAAGGGCAUCGAGUACUUACACUACCAGAAGAUCAUCCACCGGGACAUCAAACCUUCCAACCUGCUGGUGGGAGAAGAUGGGCACAUCAAGAUUGCCGACUUUGGUGUGAGCAAUGAGUUCAAGGGCAGUGAUGCGCUUCUCUCUAACACUGUGGGCACGCCCGCCUUCAUGGCACCCGAGUCACUCUCGGAGACCCGGAAGAUCUUCUCUGGGAAGGCCUUGGAUGUUUGGGCCAUGGGUGUGACGCUGUACUGCUUUGUGUUUGGCCAGUGCCCGUUCAUGGAUGAGCGGAUCAUGUGUCUACACAGUAAGAUCAAGAGUCAGGCCUUGGAAUUUCCAGAUCAGCCCGACAUAGCCGAGGACUUGAAGGACCUGAUCACCCGCAUGCUGGACAAGAACCCCGAGUCCAGGAUCGUGGUGCCGGAGAUCAAGCUGCACCCCUGGGUCACGAGGCACGGGGCGGAGCCGUUGCCAUCGGAGGACGAGAACUGCACGCUGGUCGAGGUGACUGAAGAGGAGGUCGAGAAUUCGGUCAAACACAUUCCCAGCCUGGCGACCGUGAUCCUGGUGAAGACCAUGAUACGAAAACGCUCCUUUGGGAACCCGUUCGAGGGCAGCCGGCGGGAGGAGCGCUCGUUGUCAGCACCUGGAAACCUGCUCAUCAAAAAACCAACCAGGGAGUGUGAGCCCCUCUCUGGGCCCAAGGAAGCAAGGCAGCGAAGACAGCCUCCGGGGCCCCGCCCCGCCCCCUGUAGGGGAGGAGGAAGUGCUCUUGUGAAAGGCGGUCCCCGAGUGGAGAGCUGGGGGCCCCCGGGCCCCGGCUCCCACGCACGCAUGCACCCUCUGCGGCCCGAUGAGGUGACGGAAUAGCUGCCUGGACCUCGACCUCGCAUGCAGGCGUCUCACCUUCGGGGCUGCCUCCUGAGUUUCCAUAGCAGCAUGUCCUACGGAAACCGAGCACGUGUGUAGAGCCUUGACUGUCAUCUAUGGUUGUUUUUUUUCCUUUGUUGUUUUAAAGGGGACAAAAAAAAAAAAAAAGACUUGACUCCGUGACAUCGACCUUGGCCGCUGGCUGGCUGAACAGGCGAGUGUGAGGAGUUGCAGACCCAAACCUACGUGCGUUUUGGGACAGUUGCUUUUUAAAACAUUUUUAUGCCAAAAAUCCUUCAUUGUGAACUCAGAACCAUGUCCAAUACACCAAGUGAAUGUGUGUGGGGUUUGAAAAUCAUGAAAAACGGGCAGAAAACUCCGGCGAUGUAGUCUGAGACCACAGAGUUAGUCUCUGCAUUUGAAAGGGAGAGAAAGAGUGGAUCUGACUCCUCGUGCAAAUCCUAAACCGUGGUACCUUCCAGAACCGUGGACUCAAGGGGUCAGGGCAGGGUUAGCCCUCAGUAGCUGCAGGGAGCUUCAAUACAACUUAUUCAUAAGAAAGACUUUUAAAUUUUUUUAUGGGUAGAGUUGUAGUCAGGAAAACGGAAAGGGCUUAAAGUUUAAUUGCUUCGCAAAGGGGAUUUUCCAACCCUAGAAGGGCAUUUGGUGGGAGAAGUUUCGCCUGAAGGACUGAACGGGUUUCUUAACGACAACCACUCAAAGCAGGUUUCUGAAAUAGUUGACUGAGCUCUAGUAAAUCUCUUGUUAAAUUACAAAAACUUCAGGGUGAAAUCCUACACUUCCAUGUACAUUACAUGGCUUAAGAGUAAACAAACCAUUUUCAAUUCUCUGACUAGGCUGAACUCGAGAGUAGUUCAGAAAUCAUUUAGAGCUUCCAGGAUAUAUUCCACGGCUUCAGGUAUGUGAUCGGAGUUAGAGCCAAUGAAAUCUAUGCCUGUAUAUUAGCAGCUUAGCUUGUUUAUAACCUCUGUAUUCUAGAGACUGCUAAGGAUUUGUUUUCUUCUUAAAUACUAGCUGAUUGUUGUAGCCAGUGAAACUUACUCAGUUUCUGGAGGGCCAGUUAGGAAGUACUUCCAUUCAACGGAGACACAAAUGAUCAUCCUUACCGGCAAAGCUCUGUUAGGAUCUACACAGUAACUUUGGGGCACCCUUUUCUAGAAGCUUGUUGAAACCCAGAGCACUUCUCAGGGCCCAGGGGAACUAGGCCUGGCACAGGAAGUUCCCUUUUGUGGCCAAAAGUCCAGAAAGAAAAGGUUUACCUUUUUGACUUCCAACUAGUGUUGGGAAGCUUGGUGGUAGUUCAAGUGUGACUUCUUCCAGAGUCACAGAUGGGUGAGAGUGAAGUUCAAGAGGGAGGAAAACGAGGAGGACAUUGCCCUGGGAGAUUCCCAGUCUUUGUGGAAUCUGGCUUGGGGGAAAUAGUGUCAGUAACUGGGCUCAGAAGGACGUGCUUUCCUGUAGUUUUUACCUGAUUAGUGUGGAUCCAAGGACUUUCGGCAGAGAGAGAAGCAAGGCCUUGUGCCCCCCUGCCCAGCAGAUUCACAGAGCCUGGGCGUUCUUGGCUUCCAUAGAUCUCCAUAAGCUCUUGACUGUCGUUUAGCUAGACUUUUCUCGCUAUCUUAUAAACAGUACAGAAUUAGGGAAUGCUCGUUUCCAAGAGCAGAGGACAGCCGUCUGAUGGAGGGCCGUCUGGCCUGCUUUCUUUGUUUUUGUAACCCACUACUUCCUCUCGCCCUACUGUGCUUGUUUAAAUUUAUGGGCUCCACCCUUCUGGGAGCAGAUGGGGUCUGGUUAGUUUGCAAUAAGCACCUUGCAGUGGUUCAAGUCAACUGGUCCUUAGUCUUAGUCCCAGCCUGUCUGUGUGGACUCUGGCCUGGCCGAGUGGCUCGCACGGCUCGCCUGGAGGGCGGGCAGCAUGCAGAGCUUCUGCAGAACUCCCCCUGUGUUUACACAGCCGCACUGGGCGACGCCAUUUCUUCCACCACGAAACUCCCCAUGUAAGAUUUCGUAGGUGGAAUGCCAGUGAUCAGGCAGCACCCCGCUGUUUAGGCGGGUGGGUUGGAGGAGGCCCAAGUUCAUAACUUUUUUUUUUUUUUUUUAACAAAGAAACACCAAAGAAAGCUAUAGAAAGGAAGCAUCACCCCUGAAAAGUAUGAGAGGGCUGUAACAUAAAGCAUUAGAGCUACCACUUUUUUGGAGCACAAACAUUGAUUUUUCAAAAGCCAGCUCUUUCAGGAAAGGGGAGAAGCUGUUAGGAGCAGCUUUUCCAGGUGAGCAAAAAGGAUGCCUAUCAGUUUCUUCCGUUGCUGACUCAUCUGUGGGACCAAUUUGGUGUAAGCAACCUGUGGCUUGCACCUGUGGCCUUGAAGGAAGCACAAGUUCUCUACCCGUCUUUCCUCCGUCCUGUUCCACUUCCCGCAUCUAGUCCGCAGCCUUGACAGUGGCUCCCAUAAAGCCUUAUCUAGCCCCUUGUUGGCACCUGGGGCCAGAGAGGCCAUCUCCCUACUGGUUCAGGUGCGUUAGGGCUCCUGUUCUCAAAGCCUUUCUGACACAAGGAGGCAAAUACCUGUGCGUUUAGACACAGAGGUCAACGUCGCUCUCACCCAUCUUCCAAAGGGGAGCUUCACGUUGCUGGGGGGGAAGAGCCAUGACCGCCACUUGCUCCCAAGGUGCUAGGGAAGGUUUCAAGGUUGUCGGUUCCCAUCUUCUCUCCAGCUUUAUGGGCCGAGUUUCGUGGGACUGCUGAUUUUUCUAUUCUGUGAUUGAUUUAAUGCCCGACGCUUCUGUUUUAUUCCUGAUCCUUUCUACUAUGCAUUUUCCUUUUAUCAGGUGUACAAAGUUAAAUACUGUGUAUUUAUCACUUAAAAGUACAUGAACUUAAGAGAAAAAUAAGCCUUUGGUGUUUUUCCACAGAUGUUUAAGCUUCUCUGUAAACUUGAAAUAAACAGACAGCAAAAUGGUGCAAAG